AUGUCUCCUCUACCAAAGUCCCACUUAACCACCCUAUCCGACCCAAACUGGAAACAUGCUAUGACCGACGAAUAUGAAGCUCUAUUGGCCAACAAUACGUGGGAACUUGUCCCCCGACCACCUAAUGUCCCUAUUAUUCGAUGCAUGUGGCUAUUCAAGCACAAGUUCCACGCAGACGACACUUUAGAACGCCACAAAGCGCGUUUGGUUGUUAACGGGAAAAGCCAAACGGUGGGUGUUGAUUGUGAUGAAACGUUUAGUCCUGUAGUCAAACCCACCACCAUUCGCACAUCUACCUAUGCAGCUGAUAUCUUGUCACGCGCAAAUAUGUCAAACUGCAAACCCAUUAGUACUCCGGUCGAAGUUGGUUCUAAGCUCAGCGUUGAUAGUGGCGCACCUUUCACAGACGGUUCAUUAUACAGGAGCUUAGCCAGGGCACUUCAGUAUUUAACCAUUACAUUGCCUAUGCGGUUCAACAGGUCUGUCUCUUUAUGCAUGCCCCCGGGAACCUAA